AUGGUUGCCAGACUAACCCCGGCCAUUAUCAGCCCCAUUGCAAGAGAGAAACGUUUUUUAAAAUACUUCCCAGCCAUUGUGGAAGCACAGAUUAGUCCAGUUUGCAUAGACGCCCCUGGAAAUGAGAAGAAAAAGAAAACGGGCGAAACUGGUCUGCUUGCCGUCUUCCUGGCACUGGGCGUUUACAGGUCACUUGGAAUCCUUCUGGUGGAAGUCAUGGAUGCCUUUGACGCGACAACUGCCGAAAUGUCCUUCAUCCUCUUCUGCGCUGGGAUCGGCCAGUGUCUUUCUGGUGGGUGCAUACAAAAGUCAGUUACCUCUUUACGCCACAGUCAGAAGAUUUGCCGGGAGUGUCCAUGCAAAUAUGCAACGCAUGCGCGUCCACGAUUGGCUGGGAAAUACUUCAAAAAACGAUUCUCUUUCGCUGUUGGGUUGAUAAUGUCAGGAGUAAGCUUGGGAACUUUAGCCUUCCCGCCAUUUCUGCAAUGGCUAUUUGACGAGUUCACGUUUAGGGGAGCAGCCUUAAUCAUGUCGGGCAUUUCACUCAAUAUUCUUGUAUCUUCUGCGUUGAUGCGUCCCAAACUCACACUAAGGACGUUAAGAUCGUCAGAAAAGAGUAGAAUCACGGAGAAGAUUGAAUUGGUUGAUUUGUUGCCGGUCCAUAAAAUAACUAAAGAAGACAUGGGAAAGUUAGCGGAGAGAAAAUGUGAUUUAGUUCUCAGGAGCGACAGUUGGGGUAAAAUUGAGAAUUGUAGAGCUCUUAUUUUGGAAAAGCAACGUGAGGAAGAGAGUCUUGUGACAGAAAAUGAGAACAACUGUUCCAGAAGCUUGACCUUGGGAAACACCUGUCCGACAAGGUCGCCUUUCUGUACCACUCUCUUAAUAUCCAUGAAAGACUUCGCUCUUCAGCCGCCUAAAGAUAAAACAAAGAAACCUUCAUGGCGAAAGAUUUUAUUGAUGAGUUUUACCUUUUUCAAAGACCCGUCAUUUCUACUAUUUGAAUUGUUUAUUUUCCUCCUGACCAUUGGAUGCGACGGAGUGAUCCAGUUUUACCCUCUAUACACAAAAGAGAAAGGAAUGUCGGAAUACCAAUCAGCCUUUCUUUUGUCCAUCGUCGGCGCUGCGGACUUAGCCGGGAGGCUGGUUUCCGGGGUCAUAGGAGAUUGUGGCUUAUCCCAACGUUACAAACAGGUUGUAGUUUGCCAGUUCAUGCUCGGCACUGCUUGCUUCCUGUCAAGAUUCAGCACACAGUUCUGGUCUCAGGUCAUCUUUGCGAUUGUGGUGGGAAUUAACUACGGAGCAUCGUACUCCUGUCGAGCUGUGCUGUUGGUGGAGCUCUUCGGCCUAUCUACCCUACCCAGACGGAUCGGCAUCAACAGCUUCCUGACCGGCGCAGGACACGCCACGGGCCAUCCGGUUCUCGGAGCUUUGCGAGACGUCACUGGAGAUUUCAACGUUCCUCUUCAACUGAUUGGCAUUGUGUUCUUGGCGAGUGGAUCUAGUCUUUUGGCCACAGGAAUAAUAAAACGUUGUCAGCGCCGACGAAAAACCAGCGCGAGUAUUUAA